AGAAAAUAAAAAGAAAAAGAGACGAAUAAAACGAGAGAGAGAGGCAAGUAAGUUAUUUUAGCGCGGGACGGCGGCGGUUGGAAGCACAUAGUGGCCGAGUUGACCAAUUCGCACGCCAAUAUUCUACUCUCCAAAGUCCAAUCCAACCCCCGAUGUAUCGCUCCGGGAGCUCCACUCGUGUCUCCGACGAGUUUUUCUCCUCCCCUUCUCCACCAGAUGCCGACCAACAGCAACAGCAGCAACAACUUCUUCCGACUUACAAUCCAGAAUCACACCUCGCCAAGAAGGAUCGUCUUCGCCUCAGAUCCGCCGAGGCCGCCGUCCACCUCAUCCCUAUUAUGCUCAUCAUCUGUGCCGUCAUCUUGUGGUUCUUCUCUGCUCCAGUAGAUUUGGCAAAUAAAGGUGACUCCAUUGCUGUCAAAGUAAGGAUUUAGAUGCUCGUCAUCAACAUCGAAGAAGGUGUUGCUGACACUCCGAAAUAUCAAGAUACAGUUGAUCUAAGAUCGAUAACAUAGCUUUGUAUAACGCCACAUUGAAAAUUUGCCGUAUGCCUUGGAUUAAUUAAUUCUUCACUCUUAUUUAUGCAACUGUUUUCGAUUUUUUCGUCUAAA